AGGCGUGAAUCGCGGUUUCUUGGAGAUAUUAUCAAUGAACUUGGUCUCAAACCAUCUUCCUGAAGUAUUUUUCGAAUUUUAUUCAGCUCACCCUCGAUUGCGUCUUCCGUGUGUAUUCGUUUUGUUCUUGAGGAUAGAGGACAAAUUAGAUUUCUGUUCUUACUCAACAGCACCCAACUAUGGAAAUUUUUAUGCUGCUCAUUCCAGGGUGGCUUUAUGAAUAUCGAUAAUCGUAGAGAUCCAUAUGGUUUUCGUCUCAGUAAAACACCAAGAAAAUAAAGUUCCGAAUCCGAACGAGGUUUUAUUUUGAACGUGAUUGGAUAGUGCAGUUAUUGAAAUCUUUUAGUACCUUAUCAUGGUCACUUUUCGUCACAAAUGAUGAAUAGAUUACCCAUACAUAUUUUAUAAAAACAAGAUUUUCUCGAUCGUGGUUCGAACGAUAGUGUCCUCUAUCACGAAAUCAAAAGACUUGAUUUCAUGAAUCCAACAACCAACGUCAAUGUAUUGGAAAAAAAAGUGAUAUCGUUAGACCACUUCUCUGUUCACGAAACUAUUUUUUAUACGAUCAUACUGACCAUGAAGAAGUCAACAUCAAAGUUGCAAAUACUACCUAAAAGAUCUACUACUAGACAAAUAGAUAAUGUUGCAUUGGAAUCAUUGGGUCCUCUUGUAACAGACUGUUUUUCGGCCAACCUACAGAACAUUGUCCUUCGAGCAACAAGCGAUAAGUCUUAUUUUACUAAAUAAUGCAAUAUCCAUUUCACGUUUUACUUAAAAACUUUCGGCAACUAGUUAUUCUGAAUCAACGCCCCCCUUGUUUGUAGACUGUUAUAUCCAACGAUGCCAUACUACUUCAUUUUUAUGAACUUUCCUACUUGAUACUUGUGGUUAUCGUUGGUAAAUUUGUUUUCUUUUAUUGUUGACUAAUACAUGUAAAAGAUUACCCUUAAAUAUGAUUGUAAAGCUCAAUAAAAUUGAUAUAAUUGAAAAGAAAGUUUUCUUCGCUAAAACAUCUUCAUUCUUUUUUAUUAGUCAGUGGGUUUCGUUUUUAUUCAGUAUUUGUUUAUCAACAUAUUUCAUAUUUGACUAAAUGCAUAAUUACAAUUACAGAAGUUAUUUUUCAGAAUAAAAUGACAUUCAACCAGUUUAGAUGUCUACAUACCCGUUGAAUAUGAUGUUGCAACACUUGCUAACUUACGUACGUUCAUUUUGCUCAAUUCGAUAUGUAGUUAAAUUUUUACCAACCGGUUCGUUGGCUCCGAGAUUAAAUAUUUAUAGUCAUGUAUUAUUAAGUAAAAAUGCAAAACAGUAUGAUGAUUGUGCGUGUUCGUCAUCAGAUUCCAAUGUGUUAUAUACUUCAAGUUAUACAGAUCUUAUUAACAGUAAUGAUGAUAAUUAUGACGAACAAAAUCAGAAUUCAUAUCUAACUUCUUCACCCUGUUAUAAUGACAAUCGAAAUACUGUUUUAAAUUCAUUUUCUAUUUCUAAUUCACGUAAAAAUUUAAAAAAUGAUCAAGAGUCUAAUAUUCCAGUGUAUUAUGUUGAUUCAUUUUCCAAUACAUAUACUAGUUUCCCAAAUUCUGAAAUAAAAUCUUUAAAAAACAAUACUGGUGAUAAUGAUAGUCAGAAAUUAAUUAUGAAAUCAUCAAACAAAUUACAGUACAAUAAUUAUAGAUAUCGUCGAAAAAAUAAAAGAGGAAAGCGCUUUAGAGAUUCUACCAAAAAUAAUGGCAAACUGUAUGAUAAUAAUAAUAGUACUUCAGACACUACAAACACCUCUGAUGAACAUUUUCAUUCAUCAUCUAGAUCAAAUCGUAUUUCACAAUUGGAAGCUGAACUUUCUCGUUUAAGAUCACAAAUUGCUCAAUUAAUUUUAGCUCAAGAAUUAGGUAAAUCAAGCACGUCUGACGUAGAUCGAGAUCGUUUUCUUCAUCGUCCAGAUGCAGAUGGUGAGAGUGAUACUGCCACUACUACUGCUGCCAUCGCUGCCACAGGAUCACCUAGUCUGAUGCAACAUGAUAAAACAAGGUUUUACAACAAUCUGUCAGAAUUUCCUAUUCCUUCAGUUAGUUCAACUUCAACAUCAUUAAUACUACCUCCACCACCAAUACCCCCUCCACCGCCACCACCACCACCGUUCAUGAUUUCUUCACCUGCACUACAAGGAGGUAGUAGUAAUUGGAGAGAACAAUUGCAAGCAAAGCUAAGAAGUAAAAAGAAUAAUUCCACGGAUAAAACAUCUACACCAAUAAAAAGUAAUUUGUCGACGUCACAAAAUCCCGCCGAUAUGUCACAAGUAUUGAAAGAAUUACAAAGUGGAUCUAUUAAACUACGUUCAAUACCAAGAUCACCUGGUGGUACACCGAUAAAACAAAAACAGUCUCCCACAAUCAGUGGUUCUGAUCCAUGUGCAAUUAUCGCUCGAGCACUACACUCUAAAUUUUCACAUCUUCGUUCUAUAAUGGACAAUUCUAUUAGUGAUGAAGAAAAGAACUGUCAGUCGAAUAUUCAUCUUGACUCUGGUUUAGGACCUGGAUGUGAAGAUAUUUGGUCACCCAAACGUAAACCCAACGGUUCUCCCCAUUCAUUGAUUUUUGGCCAGCACAUUCUCCGCCCAGUCAAUCGACGUACAGACAAGACCAAUUAAAACAUCCAACUCGGAUUCCUACGAUGUACUAAUUGGAUGCUAUGACUUUCACAAUAGUUAUUAUUUUACAGAUCCUGAUUAUAUACCCUAUCAUACCUUACCUACUCUUUCGGAAAAACUAUGAGCAUUGAAAUAAAUUGCUCUGCUUC